AGGCCAGCGCGAAGCUGCGGCGUUUGAGCCUGGGGGCGGACCGUAGCGCUGGCCGGAAGCGGCGGGGCGGGCGGCCGCGAGGUGUGGUGGCGGUCGGCGGCCGAGGCCGUAGGACGGCGUCUGUCCGCUCCUUGCCGCAGCCCCCAGCGUGAACGGGCGUCGCCAUGUCGUCGGUGAGCCCCAUCCAGAUCCCCAGCCGCCUGCCGCUGCUGCUCACCCACGAGGGCGUCCUGCUGCCCGGCUCCACCAUGCGCACCAGCGUGGACUCGGCCCGCAACCUGCAGCUGGUGCGGAGCCGCCUGCUCAAGGGCACGUCGCUGCAGAGCACCAUCCUGGGCGUCAUCCCCAACACACCCGACCCGGCCAGCGACACGCAGGACCUGCCGCCGCUGCACAGGAUUGGAACGGCUGCACUGGCAGUUCAGGUUGUGGGCAGUAAUUGGCCCAAGCCCCACUAUACUUUGCUGAUCACAGGCCUAUGCCGUUUCCAGAUUGUACAGGUUUUAAAAGAGAAGCCAUAUCCCAUCGCUGAAGUGGAACAGUUGGACCGGCUUGAAGAAUUUCCCAACACCUGCAAAACUAGGGAGGAGCUAGGAGAACUACCAGAACAGUUUUACAAAUAUGCAGUACAAUUGGUUGAAAUGUUGGAUAUGUCUGUUCCUGCAGUUGCUAAAUUGAGACGUCUUUUAGAUAGUCUUCCAAGGGAAGCUUUACCAGACAUUUUGACAUCAAUUAUCCGAACCAGCAACAAAGAGAAGCUCCAGAUUUUAGAUGCUGUGAGCCUAGAGGAGAGGUUCAAGAUGACUAUACCACUGCUUGUCAGACAAAUUGAAGGCUUGAAAUUGCUUCAAAAAACCAGAAAACCCAAGCAAGAUGAUGAUAAGCGGGUUAUAGCAAUACGCCCUAUUAGGAGGGUUACACACGUUCCAGGUACUUUAGAAGAUGAUGAUGAGGAUGAAGAUAAUGAUGACAUUGUCAUGCUAGAGAAAAAAAUACAGACAUCCAGUAUGCCAGAGCAGGCCCAUAAAGUCUGUGUCAAAGAGAUAAAAAGACUCAAAAAAAUGCCUCAGUCAAUGCCAGAAUAUGCUCUGACAAGAAAUUAUUUGGAACUUAUGGUGGAGCUUCCUUGGAACAAAAGUACAACUGACCGCCUGGACAUUCGGGCAGCCCGGAUUCUUCUGGAUAAUGACCAUUAUGCCAUGGAAAAAUUGAAGAAAAGAGUUCUGGAAUACUUGGCUGUCAGACAGCUGAAAAAUAACCUGAAGGGCCCAAUUCUUUGCUUUGUUGGCCCUCCUGGAGUUGGCAAAACAAGUGUGGGACGAUCAGUGGCCAAGACCCUAGGUCGGGAGUUCCACAGGAUUGCACUUGGAGGGGUAUGCGAUCAGUCUGACAUCCGAGGACACAGGCGCACCUACGUUGGCAGUAUGCCUGGUCGAAUCAUCAAUGGCUUGAAGACUGUUGGGGUUAACAAUCCAGUGUUCCUGUUAGAUGAGGUUGACAAACUGGGAAAAAGUCUACAGGGUGACCCUGCAGCAGCUCUGCUUGAGGUGUUAGACCCUGAGCAAAACCAUAACUUCACAGAUCAUUAUCUAAAUGUGGCCUUUGACCUUUCCCAAGUUCUUUUUAUAGCUACUGCCAACACCACUGCUACUAUUCCAGCUGCGUUGUUGGACAGAAUGGAGAUCAUUCAGGUUCCAGGAUACACACAAGAGGAAAAGAUAGAGAUUGCCCAUAGGCACUUGAUCCCAAAGCAACUGGAACAACAUGGGCUGACUCCUCAACAGAUUCAGAUCCCUCAGGUUACUACUCUGGACAUCAUCACCAGGUAUACCAGAGAGGCAGGGGUUCGUUCUUUGGAUAGAAAAUUUGGGGCCAUUUGCCGAGCUGUUGCUGUGAAGGUGGCAGAAGGACAACAUAAGGAAGCCAAAUUAGAGCGUUCGGAUGCGACUGAGGGAGAAGGUUGCAAAGAACACAUCUUAGAAGAUGCAAAGCCUGAAUCUAUCAAUGAUGCUACUGACUUGGCCCUACCACCCGAAAUGCCAAUUUUGAUUGAUUUCCAUGCUCUGAAAGACAUCCUUGGGCCCCCGAUGUAUGAAAUGGAGGUAUCUCAGCGUUUGAGUCAGCCAGGAGUGGCGAUCGGUUUGGCUUGGACUCCCUUAGGUGGAGAAAUCAUGUUUGUGGAGGCGAGUCGGAUGGAUGGCGAAGGCCAGCUCACUCUGACUGGCCAGCUGGGGGACAUCAUGAAGGAGUCUGCCCACCUGGCCAUCAGCUGGCUGCGCAGCAAUGCGAAGAAGUACCAGCUGACCAACGCUUUUGGAAGUUUUGAUCUUCUUGACAACACAGACAUCCAUCUGCACUUCCCAGCUGGAGCUGUCAUGAAAGAUGGACCAUCUGCUGGAGUUACCAUAGUAACCUGUCUCGCCUCACUUUUUAGUGGGCGGCUGGUACGUUCAGAUGUAGCCAUGACUGGAGAAAUUACACUGAGAGGUCUUGUUCUUCCAGUGGGUGGAAUCAAAGACAAAGUGCUGGCAGCACACAGAGCGGGACUGAAGCAAAUCAUUAUUCCUCGGAGAAAUGAAAAAGACCUUGAAGGAAUCCCAGGCAACGUGCGACAGGAUUUAAGCUUUGUCACAGCGAGCUGCCUGGAUGAAGUUCUUGAUGCAGCUUUUGAUGGUGGCUUUACCGUCAAGACCAGACCUGGUCUCUUAAAUAGCAAACUGUAGGUCCAGAUCUCAACUUUCUAGAAUUUUAAGUUAUAAAAGUGCCAAAAGGUACUGACAAGGUUGAUUUCAUUCACACCAAUAGGGGUUGCAAAAUGUCCCUAUUUUGUAAACAUAAUCAUAACAGUAAUGAACUUCAUUCCAGUAGUGGCCAGUGUUUAUUACAGAUUAGAUUAAUUUAAUAAAAUUGAUAAAAGUUGAA